CAGAUGCAGAUCGAGUGUUUGCAUGGUCAUUGCGGUAGCGGACACGAAUGCAGUAACCAGCAGUUGCAACGUCAAGCUUUUCCGCUACGGUAUAUCGCGCACCUGGAGAGCAAGGGUAUUUCUCUCAUGGCAGGUGACGCUAUCGGGCCCAAGCAAUGCAUUGGUGAGUACACAGGCGAGGUGAUCACAAAGCAGCAGUACAAGCAUCGACUUCAGCGGGCUCGUUCCAAUUGCCACAUAUACGGCAUGCUGCUGAAUAACCAGGAUGUAAUCGACGCAACUAGAAAAGGCAGCAUAAUUCGUUUUGCCAACCACAGCUGCUCUGCCAACGCUGUUAUUGAGCGUUGGGAGGUAGACGGUGAAGAGUAUUGCGGCCUCUAUGCUUUGGAGGCAAUUGCGAAAGACAACGAAAUUUCGUUUGACUACAGGGCUGAAACGUUCAUGGGGCGCGUAAGUACUCGAUGCUAUUGCAAGGCAUCCAACUGCAGAGGGUACGUCGCAAUUUAG